CGGGCUGGCGCGCCCUGGCCGUUUCCUAGGAUACGAAACACACAAGGCGCUGGAGCUUCACAAGGGAGCGAUCGAGGGUGUCCUUAAGAAUGGACUCAGUGUCUCUUUGCCAGAUUCCUUAUUGCUGUAUCCCAUGAGCCUACCUGACCUUGAGGAGGAGCCGUGUUUAAUGAUGACAAGCCCGUCACCCGUGUAGUGACAAAAAGGAGGACCACAAGGAAAGACGGAUUUAGAUUUCUACUCAGCAAGGAAGCGAGCUCUGUCAGCAACCCCUCUGGAUUACCUUUUCCCAAGAUGAACCGAUAUACAACCAUGAGGCAGCUGGGGGACGGCACGUACGGGAGUGUGCUUAUGGGCAAGAGCAAUGAGUCUGGGGAGCUGGUGGCAAUCAAGAGGAUGAAGAGAAAGUUCUAUUCUUGGGAUGAGUGUAUGAACUUGCGAGAAGUUAAGUCCCUGAAGAAACUCAAUCAUGCCAAUGUGAUUAAACUAAAAGAAGUUAUCAGAGAAAAUGACCAUCUUUAUUUUAUAUUUGAAUAUAUGAAAGAAAACCUCUAUCAGCUAAUGAAAGACAGAAACAAACUGUUCCCUGAGUCGGUCAUCAGAAAUAUUAUGUAUCAGAUACUACAGGGGCUGGCAUUUAUCCACAAACACGGCUUUUUUCACAGGGACAUGAAACCUGAGAACUUGCUUUGCAUGGGUCCAGAGCUGGUGAAGAUUGCUGAUUUUGGACUUGCGAGAGAAUUAAGAUCACAGCCACCAUAUACUGACUAUGUGUCUACCAGAUGGUACCGCGCUCCUGAAGUUUUGCUAAGGUCUUCAGUGUACAGCUCUCCCAUUGACGUGUGGGCCGUGGGAAGUAUAAUGGCCGAGCUAUAUACGUUUAGACCGCUUUUCCCAGGGACCAGUGAAGUUGAUGAGAUCUUUAAAAUUUGCCAAGUGUUAGGGACUCCCAAGAAAAGUGACUGGCCAGAGGGGUACCAGCUGGCAUCCUCCAUGAACUUCCGAUUUCCCCAGUGCAUUCCUAUAAACCUGAAAACUCUCAUCCCCAAUGCCAGUAGCGAGGCUAUUCAGCUUAUGACAGAAAUGCUUAACUGGGAUCCAAAGAAACGGCCAACUGCAAGCCAGGCACUGAAACACCCAUAUUUUCAAGUCGGUCAGGUAUUGGGCCCUUCUGCACACCAUCUGGAUGCAAAACAGACUUUGCACAAGCAGCUGCAGCCUCCAGAGCCAAAGCCAUCUUCCUCUGAACGGGAUCCUAAGCCUUUGCCAAACAUCCUUGAUCAGCCUGCCGGGCAGCCCCAGCCAAAACAGGGCCACCAACCACUGCAGGCCAUUCAGCCACCACAGAACACAGUGGUUCAGCCACCUCCAAAGCAGCAGGGUCACCAUAAGCAACCACAAACGUUGUUUCCAAGUAUCGUCAAAACCAUACCAACGAAUCCAGUCAGCACAGUAGGCCAUAAGGGGGCCCGGAGACGGUGGGGUCAGACAGUCUUCAAGUCUGGAGACAGCUGUGACAACAUCGAGGACUGCGACUUGGGAGCCUCCCACUCCAAGAAGCUGAGCAUGGAUGCCUUCAAGGAAAAAAAGAAGAAGGAGUCUCCAUUUCGGUUUCCAGAAGCAGGACUCCCAGUCUCCAACCACUUGAAGGGGGAAAAUAGGAAUUUACAUGCAUCCUUAAAAUCUGACACAAACUUGUCAACUGCUUCAACCGCUAAGCAGUACUAUUUGAAACAAUCAAGAUACCUUCCGGGUGUGAACCCCAAGAACGUGUCUUUGGUAGCUGGCGGCAAGGAUAUAAAUUCACACUCUUGGAAUAAUCAGCUAUUUCCUAAGUCGCUGGGAUCCAUGGGGGCGGACCUUGCUUUCAAGAGGAAUAACGCAGCAGGGAACCUUGGGAGCUACAGCGCUUACAACCAGACGGGAUGCGUGCCUUCCUUUCUCAAGAAAGAAGUGGGAUCAGCUGGCCAGAGGAUCCACUUGGCACCUCUGGGUGCGUCGGCUGCCGACUAUACCUGGAGCACAAAAACUGGCCGAGGCCAGUUUUCAGGACGAACUUACAAUCCCACAGCCAAAAAUCUCAAUAUUGUGAACCGCACACAGCCAGUCCCCUCGGUGCACGGGAGGACAGACUGGGUGGCUAAGUACGGAGGCCACCGGUAGGAGAAGUGGAAGCCUGAAGCAUUGCUCCGUAGAGGACAAUCACGCCCCUUGAUCCUGGGAGACGUCUACAGAGUCUAUUUCUACCGAGUUCCACAGGACGCACACAACCGUGGGCGCCUCAGAGACCGGAAGUCAGCUCCCGAUUUCUUCCUUUUCCGGAAAUGCAAUGCAUUUUCUUAACUUGUGGCCAGCAGUGCUGAUGCAGCACCGUGCUGAAACUUUUGAGCGGGACUUUUAAAGAGUAUUGAAUAAAUUAUUUGCCAAAGUAUCAAGUAUUUGAUCUACCAAUUCCUAGAUAAAUACACAGGCUUUUAGAGCACUUCUCUGGGAAGUGAGUACAAAGGCUUCACUCCCGCCUGCUGUGUAGUAGCCUAGGUAAGCUAUUGAGGCCCUGGACCUGACUGAUUUGCCUCAGCUCUCUUUUCAUAGCGGUGAGGCAGGCUCCUGGGGCUGAGUUACUGGGCUGACCUGGCAGAGGGUCUAUCCUCCCA